UCUCUCUCGCGCGCGCGUCGUGCUCCGCGAAAGGCGAGCGGCCGGACAGGUGAAGCGCGGGCGCGCGAUCGAUCCGGCACCACCACCACCGCAUUCCCGUCAGCUCCUCUCGCGCGACCGACGGACGUGGACGCCACGAGAUCGCGACGGAUCGGUGGAGAUCGAUGGAGGAGGACGCGGCGGAGGCGGUGCAGCUCAUCGACGGCGAGGGCGAGUUCGCGGGCGGGUCGGCGGAGCGGUUCAUGGCGGCCGCGGGCGUCGCCGGGUGCGGCCUCUCCUACGCCGUCGCCUCCAUCAUGGGGCCCCAGAGCAGCGGAAAAAGUACACUGUUGAACCAACUAUUUGGAACUAAUUUUAGGGAGAUGGAUGCAUUCAGGGGAAGGAGCCAAACUACCAAAGGCAUCUGGAUAGCACGCUGUGUUGGUGUUGAGCCUUGUACCAUUGUAUUGGAUUUGGAGGGUACUGAUGGAAGGGAGAGAGGAGAGGAUGACACUGCAUUUGAGAAGCAAAGUGCCUUAUUUGCUCUUGCGAUUUCAGAUAUAGUUCUAAUCAACAUGUGGUGCCAUGAUAUUGGUCGUGAACAAGCCGCCAAUAAACCACUUCUAAAGACAGUAUUUCAGGUCAUGAUGCGUUUGUUCAGUCCUCGGAAGACAACACUACUAUUUGUUAUACGUGAUAAAACCAGGACUCCACUUGAACAUCUAGAACCAGUUCUACGGGAGGAUAUUCAAAAGAUAUGGAACUCGGUUGCUAAGCCAGAGGCACAUAAAGACACCCCUCUCAGUGAAUUUUUCAAUGUGGAAGUCACUGCAUUGCCCAGUUUUGAAGAAAAAGAGGAAAAAUUCAGAGAACAGGUUCAACAACUUAGGCAGAGAUUUUCAAAUUCAAUUGCACCAGGAGGUCUUGCAGGUGAUAGACGAGGAGUAGUUCCUGCUUCAGGUUUUUUGUUUAGUUCACAACAGAUUUGGAAAGUUAUCCGAGAGAACAGGGAUCUUGAUCUUCCUGCUCACAAGGUAAUGGUUGCUACAGUUCGGUGUGAUGAAAUUGCAAACGAGAAGUUUGGCUGCCUAAUAUCUGACACAGAAUGGCUUGAUUUGGAGAGUGCUAUCCAGUCUGGUCCAGUUCCCAGUUUUGGGAAAAAACUUAGUUAUAUUGUGGAUGUUCACAUGCAAGAGUAUGACAAAGAAGCUGUCUAUUUUGAUGAAGCCGUUAGGAAAGGGAAACGACAACAUCUGGAAUCAAGAAUACUGAAUCUUGUCCAACCUGCGUUCCAGAAAAUGUUGAGUCAUCUGCGCUUGAAGGCUCUAGAAAAAUUCAAAACUGGUCUUAAUCUUUCUUUGGGGAGCGGAAAAGGUUUCGCAGCAUCUGUUCGAGACAAUACUGAAUCCUCUCUCAACGAAUUUGGUCAAGGCUGUGCAGAUGCUGUAAUCAAGCAGGCCAACUGGGACUACUCUAAAAUACUAGAGAAGGUUCGGCGUGAUAUUGAAGAUCAUGCACUUUCAAUUCGUGAAAACAAGCUAUCAGAACUGACAACCCUUGCUAAGGAGAAACUAAGAAAAGCGCUUGCUGAACCUGUGGAGUCUCUUUUUGAUGCUGCAGACCAAACAACCUGGGCAUCAAUAAGAAACAUUUAUAAACGUGAGACGGAGUCCAUCCUACCAGAGUUUCUGAAAGCCCUUUGUGGGUUUGAAAUAGAAUACGCGUCGGCGGAAGAAAUGGUGUCAAAUUUAAGGGAUUAUGCCCGAAGUGUUGUGGAAAAUAAAGCUAAAGAGGAAGCUAGCAAAGUAUUGAUUCAUAUGAAGGAGAGGUUCACAACGGUAUUUAAUCAUGACAAGGAUUCAAUUCCAAGGGUCUGGACAGGAAAGGAAGAUGUCCGUGCAAUAGCGAAGGAUGCUCGAUCUGCGGCUCUCAAACUUCUGUCUGUAAUGGCGGCCAUUCGCUGGGAUGACGAACCAGAUAGGAUUGAAAGCAUCCUCACUUCAAAACUUCUGGAAGGCUCUGUUGCAUCAAAGAUUGCAAGUGCUGCUUCUGCUGAUCCGCUUGCUUCCACUACUUGGGAAGAGGUUCCUCCAAAGCAUACAAUGAUUACUCCUGCUCAGUGUAAGUCACUGUGGAAGCAGUUCAAAGCAGAGACUGAGUUCACCAUUACACAAGCAGUAUCCACACAGCAAGCUCACAGGCGCAGUAAUAGUAGAAUGCCUCCUCCUUGGGCGAUGGUUGCUAUUGCUGUUCUUGGUUUUAAUGAGAUAAUGGUGCUCCUGAGGAAUCCCAUAUACCUGUUCUUGCUGUUUGUGGGCUAUUUGCUGGCCAAAGCUCUAGCAGUGCAGCUAGAUAUCAGCAGAGAAUUCCAAAAUGGUGUGGUUCCUGGGAUCAUCUCUGUUUCAGCAAAACUACUGCCGGCAAUACAGAACCUCGUAAACAAAGUCGCAGCAGAGCACCACCCUCAGGCUGCAGAACCCCCACAGCCGCAACCGCAGCCACCCCCACUGCUCCUGAGUCCAAGAAGCCCCAUGAGCGAGUUGCGGAGGCUGCACAUGCCAUCGAGCCCGGUGCGCAAGGUAGCAUCACCAUCGCCAUCCUCACCGUCGUCGUCGUCCACCAUGUCGUCUCCUAGGCACGUUGUCGAGGGUCAGAAACAAAAACCAGCAGGAGGAGAGCCUGAGAACGAGUCCAACAGCGCUGACUCGAUAGUGUGAUAUAUAUAUUGUGAAACUAGAAGAUAUCAAAAGAGAAAUAAUGUGGCACCCUUCUCUUGCAAUUAUCUUGCAAGGAGGGCUAAUACGUAGAUGGACAAUUGCUACCUGACACCAUUUUUCAGCAUGUAUAGAGGAACUACCCAAUUGAAAAUCCUAGGAUCUUUUCAAUGGGUUAAAAAGGAGCCCAUGAUCCACACUUUUCAAUUCUUCUGGAUGCAAACAUUGUAAAUUGUUUAAAUGCCACAUGGGUUCAAUGACUAUAUUUGUUA